UUCAUGAUUUGACAAAUUUAUUUGUUCGCCGCAUCACGUACGGUUGUUUCUGAAAUUUUAUUAUUUUUCUUACAAUAUUCAUAUUAAAGUGGUAAGAUUUUACGAUGGCUAUACCAGAUUAUAAGUUAAGUGCAAUUUUAACUGGACACUCGAUGGAUGUGCGGUGCGUUACAACAACGCAGGAAAAUUGUAUUUUGUCUGCGUCUCGGGACCGUACCGCUAAACUUUGGCAUCCGGAAGGGAUAAAGGAUUUCGUCAAUGUUGUUACGUACAAAGGCCAUAAGAAUUUUGUGUCUUGUGUUUGUUGGAUACCGCCAUGCGAAGCGUAUCAUGAGGGUUUGGUUGUGACUGGCAGUAACGACAAUACCAUCAUAGGGUACAACCUGCAGGAUGCCUUGAUCCAGGUCAAUUUAGAAGGUCAUGAGAAUGCGGUGUGUAGCGUAGCACCCGGAAGAGAUUCGGGAGUGCUUUUGAGCUCAAGUUGGGACAGUACAGCCAAGGUAUGGAACCUAAACAAUCCUAAUUCUAUACCACUGACAAUCAAAGGACACCAAGCAGCAGUCUGGGCUAUUGUGGAAGUCCAUAAUGGCACAUAUGCCACAGCUUCGGCUGACAAAACCAUUAAACUCUGGAAGAAAGAUGGCAGUCUUAUUAGUACACUUACUGGUCACACAGAUUGUGUGAGAGGUCUAGCUGUGGCAACUCCAGAGACAUUCUUGAGUUGUUCCAAUGAUGCCACCAUCCGGGUCUGGACUAAUGCUGGCCAGUGUCUUAACACUUACUAUGGACAUACUAAUUAUAUUUAUAGCAUCAGCAUAAACCCAGCGCUCACGACCGGAUUUGCCACAUGCGGCGAGGACGGCAGCGUGCGGCUGUGGUCCGCCGGAGACUGCAUCGGCGACAUCCGGCUGCCCGUGCACUCAGUGUGGAGCGUCACUUGUCUGGACAACGGGGACGUGGUCACUGGAUCGAGCGACGGGCUUGUGCGAGUAUUCACGGCGGACCCGGUGAGGUACGCAGAUGAGGCUACGCUCAAGGUGUUUGAGGAAGACGUCGCCAAGAUGGUGGCUGCUUCCCAACAGGAGAUUGGAGGCUUCAAACUUUCUGAGAUUCCUGGCCCAGAAGUCCUGCUGGAGCCGGGCAAGACAGACGGACAGACGAAGAUGGUGCGACGCGGCACCAACGUCAAGUGCUACUCGUGGAACGCCGCAAACAACACCUGGGACGAGAUCGGCGACGUCAUGGGCGCCAACCCCGCCAGUGAGGGGAAGACUAUGUACCAGGGGAAAGAAUACGAUUUCGUGUUCAGCGUGGACAUCAAAGAUGGCGCUCCAGCGAUCAAGCUGCCCUUCAACAAGACUGAAGACCCGUGGGUCGCCGCACAAGCAUUCAUUCACAAACACGAUCUACCUCAAGUGUAUUUAGAACAAGUGGCCAAUUUCAUCAUAACAAAUGCUAAAUUGGAUUCUUUGCCACCUCCAUCGAGUAAUGGUUUCGCGGACCCGUUCACGGGCGAGUCCCGCUACGUGCCGGGCUCCGCGCCGGCCGCGCCCGCGCGCGCCGCCGCCGACCCCUUCACAGGCGCGGCCGCGUACUCCACCGCCAGCGCUGGCGCCAACGAUAAACCGCUCAUACCACACGACUCUUAUAUUAGAUUUGACCAAGCAAAUCUAAAAGCUAUAUACGACAAAUUAAAAGAAUUCAAUAGCAAAAUAGGAGAUGGACUUAGCGCAAUGAGCGAUCAACAACUAGAGAAUAUUGUCAAGUUAGGAGAAUUGAAUAAUACUUACAACACAGAAACUAUAGUUUUACUGAAGAAAAUGUUAGAAUGGCCAAAAGAAAUAUUAUUCCCCGUACUGGACGUCACCAGGCUAGCAGUUAGGAACAAGGAUAUCAAUGCACAAAUAUUCGACACAACUCACGGACCUACGUUUGUUAAAUAUCUUCUGUCGUUGUUGGCACCAGAUAAUCUAGCACCAAACCAAAUGUUAGCAAUGCGUGUGUUAGUCAAUGCCUUCAGUGAUUUACCUGGAGAAAUGCUGGUAUUGGCCGCAAGGGAAUCUGUGCUGCACUCCAUUAUGUGUCUUACUCAACUCAGCGCCAAUGCUCAGAUAGCGGCGUCGUCGCUGCUGCUGAACCUGUCGGUGUCGCUGGCGCAGCAACCCGACAGCGCCGACGUGGCCGACUGCCUGCUGCAGCUGCUGCCGCGCGCCACCGACAACGAGGCUUAUUUCAGAGGGUUGGUAGCGCUCGGGACAUUACUAGCGGAAUCUCCAAACAAAUUGCAAAUACAAACCAAAAUAGUGAUGAACACUCAAAUACACAACCGCCUGAAACGGGACAGCGGCUCUUCAGCGACCGACGCCAAUCUGAAGAAGAUCGCGAUUUGCUCCGCGCAGAUACUAAGACUGUUAUGAAUAGCUAGAUUUGGAUGUAUACGGCCGGGUUAUUGAAGCGAUUGAUGUGUGUUAGUGUAACGAAUUAGUGUUCCCGAUCACGAAGUCUUUCGGUAGACUGUCGAUAGUUCUAAAGAUUUAUCGAUCAGCUAUCGACCAUCAAGAACGAGACAAUACUAUCGAUUGAUUUAGACUUUCGUUAUUCUAAAAUAAUCGAUGAUAUCGAUCUUCGCGAGUGUCAAUACUAUCGAUAGUGUUGCCUAAUAAAAUUUCGAGGUCAGGUCUUUCGGAAACACUAAAACUGCUUUCGAGCCUUAGUCGUACACUAAGUGAGGGGGCACAAAACUGAUGUAAUUUCCCAUUUCUGCCGUGGACUGUAUAGACUAAGAUUCCAAAACAGAGUUUUUUUUUUUUAAACCCGUCACAAAAAUGUGGUCUUAUAAGUUUUGAGUGUACUUGCUUUUUUUAAAUGUUGGUGGUUCAAGAGAAUGUCCAGUUAAUUGAAAUGCUAAUGUGUUACAAUUUUAUUAAGAUUGGUUAAAUUUGUGUGAGAAAAUAAAAACCUAUGUAUUAGGCUAUCAAUCACUUCCGUAACUGACUGACAGGCAUCGCACUGCCAAAACUACUGGGCAUUGGAGGCUGAAAUUUGAUGUGUAGGUUACUUAUGGAAUGUAAGGGAGUACUAUAAAGGAUUUCCCAAAAUUCCCACGGGAACGAGAAAAUGCAGUAUUUUUACGCACACACAGAACCUAGUUAUAAAUAUUGGUAUAAAGAAGUCAAAUGUACUAUUUAAGAUAUUUUUCAGUCUGACUUACAGACCCAAGGAUUAGCGCGUUUCAAUAAUUGUAAUUAUGAAUUAUUAUAUGGCGCAAUACUCAACUGUAUUAUGAGACUAAAAAUCGGACAGGAUUUUUAGCCUUCAAACGACCUAAGGUCGCUUUUGCCUUAAAAAGGCAAUAAAAAUUACAUGGCCGAAACCGGCUAAUGUAUGCAUGUCGAAUGCAGUUAAUUGUUAAUAAAUAAAAUAGAUUUUAACACUUAAUUCAAGUUACACAAUGGUGGAAAUAAAAAAGUUUUUGUAAUAAAAAUAAUUUCAUAUAAUGCAUAUGUUACAUGAGAUACAUAUUUUACAGUUGCUUGCUACCAAUGAUACAUAGCAAUGACUUAGCUUUGUAAACAAUUAAUAGCAACAAUAAAUUUGUAAUAUUUAA